GGCAAGCUGUGAACCUUUGGGCUCAGUCAGUCAUUGCCUUUCACAACAAAAGCAUUAGUUUUGGAAAAAAGUAAAAUAUUAUAAUUUUGAAUAAAUAUUUUUUUUUGAAUCGCAGUGUUUGGCAAGAAUGUUUUCCACGAAGCAAAGGGCCUUGGCAUUGGCAGGAGUGAGAUCCUUUCGUUUGGGUGUGCAUCAUCAGAUGUUAGGCAGGACCAAGGGAUGUGACAAGACCUCGGCCACAGUGCUCACCAGCCAUCUGUCCAAGGAUCAGCAGACGGAGCUGCUUCCCGAGGAGCCUCGUAGACCCGAGGAACUAAUGCAGCACUUGGGCCCCAAACGCAAUGAACUCGAGCAGCGAAAGAUACGGAAAGUUCAAUACGAGUCCCAUCUCAAGGACUUGCUCCAUCAAAGAACCUCGGAUUCUGAGAUGACAAUUCAGUGUGUGCCCUUCGUCAAGACUCCCUCUGGUCCGGAGAAUCCCCUGAAGAGACGUUACGACAGUCCCGAAGCGCUCCUCGAACAGGUCAGUGAUCCCAAGGCAUUGGCCAAGGAGAUCAUAAAGUUGGCCAGGGAACUGCAAACCGAAAGGCAGAAGAACGAAAUCAUCAUGCAGAACUAUCUUGACCUAGAGGAAUCUUUGUUUCUGAAGAAUUCUUCGCCCAGCUCCCCUAAAAAUCCCAAUAAUGAUCCCAAUCACGAUUCCAAGUCCAAGUGAGAGCUGCAGCUUCCGAAUAUUCGGCUAUGGCGAUUUUUAGCAUUUAAAAUUUUUUGUAAACUUUGGCCACUCUAA